GAAUGUGGCAGCCGCAGGGAGGGGCGCGCGCUGUUUAUUUGAUUAUUAAACGCAUUUCUGAGUGAAAAUAAAAAUUUGCUUACAACUGCGGAUAUUCAGAAGCUGCACAGCGCCUCCUGCGGAUCACGGACUGUGUUUUCACUUUGUGUGGUUUAAUCGCAGGACGGAGGAACAUGGGGCCAUAAAAAUGUUGGAAUAAUCGCCGAAAGACUCUUUUCAUGAAUAUAUUUAUAUGUAUUUAUUGUGUUUUGGAUGAAUGAAUCGUCCCGUCGGGAUGGAGCAGGUGAAUAUUCUCAAGAGAUUCAUUGAAGCCGUGAAAAGCGAAGAACAGAAGGGAGAAGAUAACUUCAGCUCGGACUUUAUGCGAUUACGCCGAUUAUCCACCAAAUACAGAACAGAGAAAAUCUACCCGACCAAUGUUGGAGAGCAGGAAGAGAAUGUGAAGAAAAACAGAUAUAAAGACAUUUUACCAUUUGAUCACAGUCGUGUGAAGGUGACAUUAAAAACACACAACCAAGACAGCGAUUACAUCAAUGCCAACUUCAUCAAGGGUAUAGAUGAUCCAGAGGCUUAUAUCGCCACACAGGGGCCGCUGCCGAACACAGUGCUGGAUUUCUGGAGGAUGAUCUGGCAAUACAAGAUCACGGUCAUUGUGAUGGCGUGUCGGGAGUUUGAAAUGGGUCGGAAAAAGUGUGAGCGAUAUUUUCCUCUAUUUGGAGAUGAGCCCGUGAUGUUUGGACCCUUCACCAUCUCUUGUGAGUCGGAACAACCACGGACGGAUUAUUUCAUCCGCGCGCUCACAGUGGAGUUUGAUCAUGAAUCACGACGAGUGACACAGUUUCAUUACGUGAACUGGCCGGAUCACGAUGUGCCGUCAUCGUUUGAUUCUAUACUGGACAUGAUCGCUCUGAUGCGGGAAUAUCAGGAACACCACGACGUUCCCAUCUGUGUCCACUGCAGUGCGGGCUGCGGCCGAACAGGAGCGAUCUGCGCUAUAGACUACACGUGGAACUUACUGAAAGCUGGGAGAAUUCCAGAAGAUUUUAACGUUUUCCGGUUGAUUCAGGAGAUGAGAACACAACGUCAUUCUGCAGUUCAGACCAAAGAGCAGUAUGAGUUGGUUCAUCGAGCGAUUGCGCAGCUCUUUGAGAAACAGCUGAUGAUUUUAGAGAGUCCAACCAACUCUGAGAUCACAGACGGGAUGGAAGAGGGCAGCCCAGAAAAACCCAGCCAAGACAAGGAAAGCUGGGAUACCCCCCCUCCAAAACCGCCCCGUAUCCGCAGUCAUCAGGUCGAGGGUGAUGUGAUGGAGGAGAUUUUACAGCCACCUGAGCCACACCCCGUUCCCCCGAUCCUCACCCCCUCACCGCCCUCAGCAUUUCCAACGGUUACGAACGUGCGUCAAGACAAUGACCGGUACCAUCCCAAACCUAUCCUACACACGCUGGCGUCCAAUCAGAACCCAGACCUCAACGAGAACUACAACAAACCUGGAGACAAUACCCCUGCCCUGCCCACCCUGACGACACAGCCGCCCACCCCCUGUGACGGGCUCGAAAAGCGUCCGGAGCGUAAGCUGAGCAUUGAGAUCAUGAAGGUGCCACGUCAGGAGGGACCGCGCAGCUUCGAGGGCAAUGGUGCACUGCAGCGCUCGCACGCGUUCAAAUGCUCCAACACUAGCAGCAGCUCUGCUUCAGAGGAAUCGGACGACCCGCCACGACCCGAUCACCUAACGCUAGGGGGGGGGAAGGGUCACGCCGCCUGGACCGCGUCCAGUCCUGACAAAGUGAGCUUGCCAGCUGAGCACACCACUAGCCCCGCCCCCUCCUCCAUCAGAACUGCGCUGAGCUUCACAAACCCACUGCAUUCAGACUUCACUGACACGCAGGGAGGUGACAGUAUCUCCAUGGGGACCAGCACCAUUUCCACAGUGCAGCAGAACGAUCAGCCCCUACGCAGGGUCACACCAUUGUCCAUCGCUGGGCAAAACCUGACCACAGAAACCCCAUAUGUGUCCGACGUGUCUACAGAUGAUGUUCUAGAAGAACCUUCUUCACAGGCAACUGCAGAUACACACACCUCUGCUAGUCCUCCAAAGAGCGAUUCAGAGCAGAAGAGCGGAAAGAGUCCAGAUCCACCGUCAGUAGCCACGCCCCCUGAACCCCUGAUGGACAAGAGAACAGAGGAUGAAGGCUCCGCCCAGAUCGGAUUCGGCAGCCGCUGUUCCCAUCCCAAAGGCCCCAGAGACCCCCCGUCCGAGUGGACGUGACUGCGGUCGCCGCACAGUCGCUCGCACACGCCUCUUCUUCUGUCGUAAGUGCGGCUGUAGACGGUCGAUGGAGACUCUGUGACCUCGUCUGACUAACACAAUCAGUAACGCUACAAAGAUAAUCUCCCAUGAUGCAGCGGUUGUUCUGCCGUGCACUCGCUGGUGUUAACCGUCUGUUGUACAGGAAACAUGCCUUACUGUGAUUGGACCAGAUUUACCAUGUGACUGUCACUGAAGGUGAUAGUUUACCAUCUUUAAAUGAGAGCCGUGCACACAGGGCCAGAGAACACGCCAUCAUCUUCAUGACUGUAUCUGCAUUCUUCAUACGUGUACAGCGCGAGCAGUAAAUAAUAAUGAUGCAAACGUACUAUCACGGAAUAUAUUAAUGACACGCAUGAAACCUGUCAAAUGUACCUCAAACCGUAAAUUAUUUGCCCUUCUGUUAGAACAAAUGAUUUCAGGGUUGUAUUUUUGUUAGUUUUCGUUCUUUCGUUUCUUUUGUCAGGUUGAUUUCUCCAAAGUCUGGUGUGAAUCGCUCCAGAUUGUAAUAAUGCUUUUGUAAAUUCUAUUUUAGAGGUUAUUUUUGUAUAUGCCAUUUUCACACUUUACAAGCGAUGGCGAUCUCAUCUGUGCCUUUAUAGUGUGUGUGUGUUUGUGUGUAGAGUGUCAAAACCUUCCAACACAAACCUGUCAGUAAAACAUAUGAUGCAUCUGCUUAACUUUUACUAUAUUGUGUGUGUGUGUGUGUGUGUGUGUGUGUGUGUAGUGUGUGUGUGUGUGUCUCAGAUCAAUAAUAUUUAUUGGCCAGCAUGACUGUCCCGUCUGCAGGUGAAAUGACAAUCCACACACACUCGCACACAUACACACUCAAACACACAUGAACAGACACACACACUCUCUCACACACAUAAACAGACACACACACACAUAAACAGACACACUCACACUCUCUCUCUCACACACACACACACACAAACAGACACACUCACACAUAAACAGACACACUCACUCUCACACACACACACACACACACACUUGGUGUCCGUGUCCAGUAAUGUGUGAAACAGUGUUUGUAUUUAAGUGAUAGUGUUACACUACUGCAGCAACGUUUCAUUAAUGUCACAAACGGCAUCUGCUGAUGAAGAAGCCGCAGCACCCAAAUUCAACUUCCACAAAACAGCAAUAAAAAUCUAUUUGACUAUCAUUGAAAUGUGUCAUUUUUAAUAUGUCUUUAACUUGUCUGUUUAGACAACAUGUUCUCUGAUACCAUCCUACAGGCCUCCGGGAGGACUUCAUCUAAUCAUUCAGAUAUUAUAAUAGUCAAUUUUACUCUCUUUGGAAAACAGCCGAUGAGUUUCUGUUGCUUUAGACGCUGAACAAACGAACCCUAAACCGAUGAAAGCACCGAUAUUAAAGUACAGAAGUCAAAGGUGAAGUGUGAAUAGUGAAAAGUGUGAGCCAUAAAGUUGUAUUAUUUGGGUUAGGGUCAUGUUUAUAUGGUGGAACACUGUAUCUCUUCUGUGUCUCUUUCAAUCGC